CCAUAUACAUAAAUGCUGAUGUUGAUACGCCAAAUGGUCACAUGAAGAGGAAUGGUUCUAGUUAUGCUUUUUAUCGGAGCAAUGCAGCAGGUUACUCGUGGAUUCAAAGUAGAGAAAGGUGCACAAAGGCCGGAUGUGACCUUGUUUCCAUUGAAACUUACGAUGAAUGGGAAUUUUUGAAGAACGCCACUGCUGAUAAAAAGUGGCAAACCGGUGAAUACUUUAUAGGCUUGAGGAAAGAUAGAUCAUCCCGAAAGUGGCGAUGGGUUAGUGAUAACAGCACAGUGAACGCAUCUCGUGGAACUUGGCCAUGGGCAAAACAACAACCCAGCAAUGACUCAGAACCAGAGAACUGCGUGCAAAUGUACAAAGAUUAUCGAAAGGAUUAUGGGCUCUACAAUGAUAUAAGCUGCACAAAAGAAAUGAAAAUAACAGGAUACAUAUGCGAGGGGACUAAUGGAUGUUACGUUAAUAGACCUAAUAGGAAGAGGACUGUAACGUCUACGAUUACUUCUGCACGAGGAUCCACCACUGGAUCCCAAGUAUUAGAAACUUCAGGGAUUAAGGAGAUGCCCAAAACUACGCUGAUAACUCAUACAUUUCCAUAUUCUAAAGAAACAUCACCGACAGCACAAAACCGAUCCACGUUUUAUGUUUCCACAAAAGGUGUAACUUCAUCGUGGAUAACGUCCUGGAAUACAAACAAUGAAUCUCCACUGGGAAAAGAUGUCGAUGUUACCAAGCCCAACGUGGUGGUUAUUGUGAUAGUGCUACUUGCCAUUUUCAUUCUGGGCCUUAUAGCAGUGUUCGGAUUAUUGUUUUUUCGGCGACAUCGGAAGCAAGAUAUAAAAUACAAAGAUCGUGUAACUUGCUCCAAGGAGAUGCCUUCGACCUCCGAACGGCAAUCGAUCGAUGAUCCUGUACUUGUUCAUCAAACACAGAGCUCCGCUGAGCUUACCGUACACCUGACCCUUUCACGAACGGAAUCUGAGUUGGCCACCUACGAAACAGCUAGCGACUGCCAAAAAGAAUGUCAGGUUGAUAACAUUGAUAAGGCUAAGUCAAUGUCAGUGGGUGGAGGGCAUUCAGAUUUUCAGGAACAAGCACGAGACAACACAGCGUUGGUCAGUGGCGAGAGAGGAAUAAAGCAGCCACCCAUAUUAUGCAGUGAAAAAGAAGAAAGCAAGGAUCAUGUUUAUGCUGUUGUUCACAAAGACAGAAAAGGCACAGCCAGCUUAGGGGAGCGAGACACAGCUACGGAGAGCGAGACACUUCAGACUGGUGGGAACACUGAGUACUUGUACACAGCUGUUGACAAGACAGUCAAGAAGAAGAAACCGCCACAGAUGCCCCCUCCCUACCGCGGUCUUGUGUACGCAGAUCUGGUCCUCUCCCGAGAAAACAGCGCCAAGUUUGUCAAAGAACAGACCCAGACAGUAUACGCCCAAAUCGAUCAUGUCAAGACAGCAAAUGUGAAGAUAUUAGAGCAGAAUCUGGAGGAAACAAAGGAAGGGGAGCAUUGGUGAACUCGGCUCGUUUCCAAUCC